AAGAAAAAAAGAUAGAGAUGGAGGAUGAGAAGGAGAUGAUUGAUCAUUGGAGCCACGACCAUCCACUUACUUUGGUGGAUACUCGUGAAUUAGAAUUCUGUUGCGGUUGUGAAGUGCGGUUUGGUAGCGGAGAGCAAGCUUAUGGAUGCAGCAUCGACGGGUGUGAGUAUUCAAAACUAUUGCACCAAGAAUGCGCAGCGAUGGCGAGAGAGAUACGGCGUCCAUUGCACCACCCUCAACACAUCCUCAUCCAAUGCCAUGAACCUGAUGAUUCUGAUUUAGGGUGGUGUGAUAUCUGUGGAUGGACUAUUUGGAGGAUUGGUUACAAAUGUACAAGCUCAGGAUGCUGGUUCCGGAUGCACCUGAGAUGCGCGCAUGACAGUGACCUGAUCAAUGCAUCAACCCCUGACGUUGAUGAGCAAAGGCGUGCCAUCAUACUCCAUCCAAGUCAUCCCAAACAUGACUUGAAGUUCUGGACGAGAAUAUGUUCGUUCAAGUGCGAUGCUUGUGGCACCACUUACAAAGGGAGUUCCUAUACAUGCACUGCAGAUGCUUGCCAGUAUUGGAUCCAUGAGAGAUGUGCUUCAUUGCCUCAAGACUUGAAAAGGGAAGACCAUCAUCACUCUCUUUCUCUCUCUUUUCAUGUCCCACCAGAAUAUAUCAUAUUUAACUACAAAUGUGAUGUAUGCAGCAUAUCUUUUCUACCCAACUAUUGGAUAUAUCAUUGUCCACUCUGCAGAUAUAUCGUCCAUGUCAAGUGUGCCUUCAACAAGUCGCCUCGCAUCACUGCAUCACUGAAGAUAUUGGGAAGGACAUGAUCCAUUUUCCAACAGAUGAGGUGGUUGAAGAACUCAUUACACCUUUUGUGAUGAGAGAAAGAAGGAGGAGGAACAUUGAUACCACCCAUCAUCAU